GACAAAGUUUCCUUUGGGGGCUGCAAGUGGGUUUUCUGUGGGGCAGCCAUGGGGCCGGGCCUGAUCCUGCCAGCGACUCUCCUGCCGAUGGUGCAUCUUUGUCUCACCCUGGUCCAUGGAGUGGAAGGAAGACUCCCGCCCCCUGUCGCCCAUUUCCUGUUCCAGCGCAAGUUCCAGUGCCACUUCGCCAACGGGACGGCGGGCCAGGUCCGGCUCUUCGACAGGUACAUCCGGGACCGGCAGGAGUUUGUGCGCUUCGACAGCCGCCGCGGGGACUUCGAAGCUGUCACAGAGUUUGGCGAGCCUGACGCCGCCUACUGGAACAGCCAGACUGAGUGGGUGGAGUACCUGCGGGCCGCGGUGGAGAACUGCCGCCUCAACUAUCUGGCAGCCGAGACGGGGCACGUGGUGGGCAGGAAGGUUAAGCCCACAGUGAAAAUCUCCUUCACCAAGGCAGAGCCCCUGUCCCACCACAGCCUCCUGAUCUGCACUGCGACAGGCUAUUAUCCCUCAGAGAUUAAAAUCAAGUGGCUGAAAAACGGGCAGGAGCAGACGGAGGGGGUGGGGUACUCGGAGGAUUUCCAGAACGGAGACUGGACUUUCCAGAACCAGGCGAUGCUGGAGACGGUGCCUGAGCAGGGAGAUGUCUACACCUGCCAGGUGGCGCACAGGAGCGUGGAGGAGCCGAUCACCGUGCAGUGGGAGCCACAGAGGUCGGACUCUGCCAACAGCAAAUUGUGGACGGGGGCCAUGGGAGGCCUGCUGGGGGUGGUCCUGGGGGUUGGGGGACUCUCCCUCUACCUGAGGAAGAAAAAAGCGCUUCCCACCGCACCUGCUGCAGGGCUCAUGAGUCAGUCCUGAUGGCUCCAGAUCUUCCAUCCGGAAAAGGAUUUUCUUUAGCAAGCAAGAUGUUCGGGUCGUUCUGCUGAUUCCCCUCCAACACACACACACAGGAGGUAGCCUGUGCUCAAGGCCGUGUUGAGAGGGACCGCUGCUAAAAUCGCCCCUGGGUGCUGCUGGGGGGUGGCUGACAAUGGCGUGAUUUCUCAAGAUCUCCCGCUAAGAGCUGCAGCUGCGAACGGGCUGCAAAAAGGCACUUACUAAUCGUCAUGGAUGAUUUUAAGUGGAGAAGGAGUUUCUUUUUUUUUGUCGAAGUAAAAAAAUACUUUAUAGA